CUCAUACACCCACACACCAUGGCAUCCCCCGAGAUCCCUACCCUCCACUCCAAAGCAGAGUACCUCAAAGCCGUCAUGUACGAAGGUGUCACCAUCCUCGAGGGCACAGCAACCUGGUGUCCCUCGUGCAAGGCUGUCGCGCCCGAAGUCGCAAAGAUGGCAACAGAGUAUCCCAAUGUAAAAUUCUACACAUACGAUGUCGAGGAAUGCGAGGAUAUUGCGCAGGAGCUGGGCGUUAGGCAAAUGCCAAGUUUUAGCAUCUUCAAGGAUGGAGAUAUCCAGGAUGGGGUUACGGGGGCGAGAAUAGCAGAGGUCAGGAAGAAGGUUGAGAGUUGCUUGUAGGUGGGCAGGUAGCGAUGAAGGUAUGUAGUUGUUCAAAGCUAUCACAUGUUAAAGUCA